UCUCACUUUCUCUCCAGAGGGAAAAAAAAAGAUCGCCAUGGAUUCAAAAAAGUCCAACAAAAUCAGAGAAAUCGUUAGGCUUCAACAGAUCAUCAAGAAAUGGCGAAAAAUGGCAAACUCCUCGAAAUCGGCAAGCAAAAUCUCCGGCACGGCUCCGGCCUCCGCCUCCGCCGGGAAGAGCAUGAAGUUUCUGAAACGAACGGUCUCCGCCGGGCGGGAGGGAUCCGGCGCCGCCGUGCCGAAAGGCUAUUUGGCGGUGAGCGUCGGCGAGGAGCAGAAGCGAUUCGUGAUUCCGACUCAGUAUUUAGGGCAUCCGGCGUUUGAGAUUCUGCUGCGGGAGGCGGAGGAGGAGUUCGGAUUUCAGCAGACGGGCGUAUUGAGGCUGCCGUGUGAGGUUUCGAUUUUCGAGAAUGUUCUGAAAGUUGUGGAGAAGAAGAAUGGCGAUUUGUUUGGCGGAGACGAUUUUUUGAGCUAUUGUUCGUUGGAAAGCCUGCAGCUUACGCCGUCGCACCGCCCGCAGAGCCCAAUGUGCAGAUGAUAGAUAGAAUUUAGGGAAAAAAAAAAAAGAAAAGAAAAGAAAAGAAAUCUCUUUCUUUUUCUCUACUUGAAUUCCUCCUUUGUUUUUUUUUUUUUGGAUGAGGCAAAUCAAAUCAGCAAAUGUAUGAAGAAAGAGGAAAUAUAUGAAUAAUUUUUGGGAA